AUGGCGACCGGUCUUCAUCCUGGGUCGGUCGACGCCUUCGAGACGAUAUCAAGACCGCUGGUCGGGAUAGACCGUUUGCCAGUAAGGCGGCUUAGCGAUCAGCCGAAAGAGGCCAUGAACUGUAAGAGCUGCCGCAAGCGCAAGAUCAAAUGCAACAGAGUCCGGCCGAGCUGCGAAGCAUGUCAGGUCUUCAAGUGUCCUUGUAUAUAUGACGCAACGCCUCGCAAACGCGGUCCCAAAACCGAUGUCCUAGAGGCACUGCUGAAGAGGGUGAAUGGUUUGGAGAAGCGGUUGAAGGACGAGGGGCCAUCAGAAGCCAAGAACGAUGGCGGCGUCGCAGCGGAGAGCGCAGCUCAGACUCUUGCUACGGAGAGCGACACCAAUGGGAAAGGACAGGCCGUUGAUGAUUUGUCUGGAUCGCUCGCAUCUGACAUUGAGGCUCAAUCAUUACCUAGCGGGAGAUCUGCUAAAGUAGCUGCGGCUGAUCCAGCGAAAGCGCCUAGCGAUUCACUACCAGUCGGAGACGCCUUGGUUGAUGCCUACUUCACACGACUGCACGGUAAACCUUUCUACAUCCUGGACGAGCCGGCUACUCGACAAAGGAUGCAGAAGGGGCAGCUACCACAAUUUCUCCUGCAUGCGAUAUAUGCGAUAUCCAGUAUUCAUGUCCCACGGUCUACCAGUGAUGACGGUGCAACAGGAAUCCGGGGACUUGAGUACGCGCAUCAGGCGAGGCGAGCGAUUGACGUGGAUGAGCCAACAAUUGAGAAUGUGCAAGCUUUACUCCUACUAGCCAUGGCUGCGUUUCAAGACGGGAAGGGCAAACGAUCGUACAUGCUGUUAUCGCAUGCCAUUAGUAUGGCACUCGCGCUGAGCUUGCAUCGAGAACUACCGGCACAGCUUCGAGUUUCUUGGUCCGAAAGAGAAGGCCGACGACGCCUCUUGUGGUCUUGCUGGUUGAUGGAUCGUUUUACGGUGUCUGGCUCAAAGCGUCCAUCUCUCAUUUCGGACGAUUGCAUACAUCUCCGCGUACCAGCUUGGGCCCCUCCAGGCGUGCAGUCGAGAUGCGAUGGGAACUAUUUCCCAUCGAGCACGAGCUUCCCAAAUGCGGUGGGAAUGGGUAAUGCUGGGCAAGGAAGUGGCGCCGUGUUGGUGGAGAUCGUUAGGAUUCUCGGACUCACGAACCGGUAUUUAGCGGCUGGUGGUGUGAAAGGCGACUCCCAUUUUCCCUGGCAUGCUCAGUCGACAUUGUCGAAGAUCCGCUCUGACCUCGACUAUUGGGCUGCAAAUAACCAAGACUCGUUUGCAUCGCUCGAAGCUCUAUUCAGGCAGCCGGAAUGCUCGACGCUUGUACUGAGUAAGCUGGUCUACCACCUCAUUCAUUGCCUAGUCUACCGACCAUUCCUUCCAGUCGAUCUUACCGAGUUGUCCGGCACCGGUCAGCACCAGUCAUGGCAGAUCGAAGCGACCAACCUCUGCUUUCUACAUGCAAACGCGAUCACAGAGCUUGUCGAGAUUGGCAACGGGGCGACCAUGGACUGGCCGGCCUUUGUGGGCUACUGCGUCUGCACUGCCGGGACCAUUCAUGUCCAUGGCGCUCACUAUAUGUCACAUCACCAUGGAAACCUAUUCAGCAACAGUUCGGAUUAUCUGCAACGGGAGAUGGCGCAGUUGUCAGCGUUAAGGUCUCUAUGGGCCGGUGUACACCAUCAGGGUGAGACACUGCAGAAUGUAUACGCAAGUCACUCGCAGCUGGUUCGGUCACUGGCUGCGAACCCUAUACGCUUCUCGCCAGUCUUCCAGACGGAAGACUUCUUUGAUCGCUAUCCCGGCGCUUACAUUGACGGCGCCCAUGUCUCGUUCGCCGACAUU